AUGACUACGGGCAUUCCCAUAGACGAUCCCUUUUACGAAGCCCCUCCGCCCAUCGUAGAUGUCGAAUACGGAAACCCUUUCUACAUUGCAAACCCCGCGCAAGGCCUUAACGCUGCAUAUGAACCGGGAAAAGGCGUCCGAGAGAACGGCAACUUGGGCAAGGACAUCGACGACCUCACUGAAAAGACAUAUCUCUGGCAAAACAAGCAGGACCUUACGGAAGAGACUAGCUAUCAGCACUUCGUCCUCAACUACAAGAAAUACCAAGUUGUAUGGCGAUGGAUCAGGUGCGGACCGAGGCUGUGCGGGAACGUCAAAAACCCAGAGGAUUUGACCUGUCCUUGUGGCUGGAGAUUAUGGGUGGACGCUAAGCCGCCUGGAUGGAAAGAGGGAGGGGAAUUGAAAGCGGAGACGGAGGGAUGGAAGGACGAGGUUAAUCCCUUCGCUAUGGAUUACAAUGGAGAUGCCGUUGGUGACUGGCAAUUCGACAUGGUGGACGGUGUUUUGUGCAGGAAGGAGAUUUCUACCGGCAACGUAGAACAGGUGGUGUACAGCCAGGUAAAGGUUAAGGGUGGUUGGACCGGCCGGUUGCCGGGUACUAAGUAG